UCCACUGUGCCUACAGCCUGGUCAUAGAGAGAACGUGAGGAGAGGCGUCAGGAAGGGGCGGCAGUGGAUGGACAGUACCCACGCGAUGAAGUCCUGUGUGCUCAUCCUGCUUGUGGCCCUACUGUGUGCAGAGAAAGCUCAGGGGCUGCGCUGCUACCAAUGCUCGGGCAUAUCACCCUGCGAAGUACUCACCUGCCCCAGCUCUGAUACAGUCUGUGUCACUCAGGAUGUUGAAGCCAAAGUGUUGUCUUCUAGAAUGAAAAUGAAAAACAAGUUCUGUUCUCCUGCGUGCCCCAACAAUUUGGGUUUCCCUGAAUACCUGGAGAUUAUGGGUACUGGCGGCGGCUACGAGAUUUCCUGUUGCAUGGAAGACCUCUGCAAUGCAGCAGUUCACACUGUGGGAAGGACCUGGACCCUGGCAGGGGUGCUUCUGUUCAGCCUGGGGUCGGUCCUCCUCCAGACCUUGCUCUGAUGGCCUUUCCUGCUACUCCCACCCUCAUCCUUGUAUCCCAAUGUGUAAUCCCUCCUUCCUGGAGCCAUCUAAGGAUCCGUUAUGAGUUAUAGAUACUCUGAGGUAGGGUGGGGUGGGGGUAGGGUGUGGGACACCUUGUUUCAAGUCCUUGUUUCAGUCCCUGCUAGGUAGGUGCCCACCUCGUCCCUAGGACACCUCCUAGAAUGCCAUUUUCAUGCUAUUCUAGGCCCUGGAGGCAUUUAGACAGCACAGGGAAGAGGCAGAAUUCCAAUGUAUUAUGGCACCACUGUCUUCACACAUAAAUCUCUGGGAUCCUGGGGCUUUCCCACACAUACCACUCAACGGCCCCAGUUGAAUCCAAUAAAGCCUUUGUUCUCUCA